CUCACGUAUUUAUUCACCAUUUUCCCGCCUGUUCCCUUCUCCGCUCAGUCCAGACCAAUACAGGAGUCACGUGACCCCACAAUAAACAGCGCGGGAAGAUCCUGUUCGAACGCUCCACACGGUUACCAUGACAACCACUCCCGCCCUUUCCCCUAUUGGUUAUUACCUCACACACUGCGGAGCGGCCGCUCAGUGAUGAACGGGACAUUUCUCCGCCACAUUCAUCUACAUAAACUACAACUCUCAUCCUCCCCCAUCCCGCACCUGCCGGAGACGCUGUGGAGCAGGAUGAGUAGUAGUCCGGGACAGAAUACACAGGCCGCCAUGACUUCCGCCUCCAGAGCUUCUGCAACAGUAAAUACAAGAACAUUGAUAAUGAACUGAAAUAUAGAGAUGACUGAACAGUCCUGAGCUACAGACAGAAGUGGAUGAUAUUACUAAUAUAUGCGAUUGAACCAGAAUCCCCGUCCGUGUUCCCUGUAUCAAUCACAGAGUGAUUUGGGUUCCUGAGCAGUUCCGAUUUGGGUUCCUGAGCGGUUCCGGAGACGAGCGCUGCACUUUGAUUGGCUGCUGUCUGGAUAGACAAGGAACCUUUAUAAGGAGACAUCUGCCCCUCCUGCCCCUUUCUCCUCUCAUCUAUUCCACAUGAACAUGACAUCCUGGCAUCUUCAGGAGCGGGCACAGAGAUUUCUGAGAGUCAGGAGCGCCCUCCUCCGGGAAUGUCUGGCCGAAUUUCUGGGGGUCUUUGUGCUGCUUUUUAUAACCACUGGGGCCGUGGCUCAGGCCGUCACCAGCUCCGAGACCAAAGGCAACUUCUUCUGUAUGUACCUGGCUGGCGCCAUUGCUGUGGUCAUCGCCAUAUACGCGUCUGGGGGAGUGUCAGGCGGCCACCUCAACCCAGCAUACUCCCUCAGCUUGUGCGUGCUUGGCAGAUUCCCCUGGUGGAAAUUACCCCUUUAUGUUCUGAUUCAGAUGCUGGGGUCAUUUACUGGGGCAGCCGCAACAUAUGCUCUAUACUACGACGCCAUUCAUCAUUACACCAAUGGUAACCUAACUGUGUAUGGACCCAGAGAAACGGCCUCCAUAUUCUCCACGUACCCGGCCCCAUAUCUAAGCAUAAGGAAUGGCUUUUUGGAUCAGGUGAUGGGCACCGCCAUGCUAUUGAUUGGGAUCCUGGCCAUCUGUGACUCUAAAAACAAACCUGUUCCUAAAGGACUAGAACCGGUUGUUGUCGGCAUGUUGGUGUUUUCCAUUGGUCUGUCAAUGGGAGCCAAUUGUGGAUACCCCAUCAACCCAAGCCGAGACCUGGGGCCACGAAUCUUCACUUAUGUGGCUGGAUGGGGGGUGGAUGUGUUUAGAGCUGGUAACAACUGGUGGUGGGUCCCCGUGGUGGCGCCAUGUUUUGGAGGAGUUCUUGGUUCUUUGAUCUACCAGCUUUUAGUAGAAAUCCAUCAUCCUUUUAAGGACACCAAAAACGAGGAAGAAGUGAAGGAUAUCCCACCCGAAAAGGGGAAAGAAAUUCCAAUAUUCACUAUAAAUAUGGACCGUUCACUCUCACACCGGUUAUAGAUUUUCGGUGACUUCGAGCAGUGAAAGGAUUCAUUGUAAAUCCCCUGGUGGUCUAGUGUUGAUCAGGCCAAUGGUAGGUUUAGGGUAUGUUCACAUUACGGAAUUCCGUGAACAGAAUUACGCGCUGAGAAAAUAAACAUCAGUGUGAAGGGGUUUCCAAGAGACCCGUUCACACUGCGGAAUUUCAGCGGCGGACAAUUCCGCUGCUGAAAUUGUUCCGCGCAAAAACAAGAAUUGUUUGCAAUCGGAUGUAAACAGGCCUGCAAGGGGCUCAUUCCUCCCAGCAUAAAUUAUAAAGAAAAUUCCAACCAAUGAAAACAAUAUAGUUUACACUAUUGGAAAAAAUGGGGGUGCCUAAAACGUAACUUUUACUCAAGUCGCUUAAAACCACACCAAAAUCAAAGUGCAUAUAACAAUGCCAUCACCUUAAACCUUAUGAAAAAAUUUACCACAUUUCAUACCACUAUUGAGUGGUUAUUUGUAUCCACAAUAAUAAUUGCACAUGUCCUACGCGUUUCUGCUCAGAUGUUGAGCAUCAUCAGGGGACUAGCACAAACUGCAUAUGAAUAUUAUAGUUAUAAUCUAAAAGUAUGAAAUAUUGUUAUAGUGGCACCCGAUACACAGUGCCUCCUAUAAAAAAAAGUUCUGCGCAAAGAAAGAACAUGUUCAUUCUUUGCGCGGAAGUCCACGAACACUGCAUAGCCAUCAAUGGUGACGGCGCAGUGCCGUGCAGUCCUACCGCCGAAGUAUUUUGGCAGUGGCCGCCAGAAUUGAAUCUCCGCUCCCGGAAUUCUGCAAGCGGAGAUUCCAUUCACAAUCUGUAGUGUGAACAUACCCUUAGGGUGCUCCUGGAAGUCCUGUACUUAGAACCCUGGGCAAUAUCCAAGCCCGCCACCCCAAACACUGAGCCUGCCGCCCCAAACCCUGAGCCCACUGCCACAUAUACUGAGCCCUGCUGCCCCAAACACUGAGCCCGCUGCCCCCUGAGCCCACCGCCCCCAAAUACUGAGCCCACUGCCCCCAAAUACUUAGCUCGCCGCCCCCCAAACACCGAGCCUGCUUCUUGUUUCUGUGAGAAACCAGAUUUCUCAAGGAACAAUUACCAAAUAAUCAUGUUGAGAACGAGAAAAACGCUUCAGACAGAUCAGACAUCAUCCAGUAUGUAUAUAUGACACAUAAGCUGCUUGUUUUAUUUGUUGUGAC